ACAGAAUCAAAAUGAGUUCAGGUUUUCUGCAACGAGAUGCAGGCUGUAAGUUAAGUUUAGCUUCGCCAGUCCAAGUGUGGCAGUAUGAAGAGGAGACUCAAGCAGACAUAGUUCACUCUUAGUUCCCAAACACGUCCUUGUCGCUCCUCCCCGACAUGUGAAAGCGCAAACUUCAGACGUAAAGUCAUCAUCGGCACGGCCGAGGGGCUGGGUUAGAGAAAUGUCGUCAGAUUUGCUUCUGAACAAUACCACAUUGGCUUCUUGACUUUACAACAGGAGGCAACGAAAAGACCAUUAUCGAAAGGGACUGGUCUGCAAAUUAUGUUAAAUUGAUUACACGAGAGAGAGAUUUUGAGCUUGGAUCUGACUUUAAUUUUCUGGAUUCUGUCCGUGGUAAUGAGAAGUCUUCUCAUAUGAUAUACAAUGGAACUCUAUUGGUAUAUAAUAGUGAUUAUAUUUAUCAUUAUCAAAAUAUUCUUCUACAUUUGCUGGUAUCGUUCAAGGCAACGACAAUUAGAUGCUUAUCUGAGCAAUCCACGGAAUGCCCAGAUAGUGAUUGUUGGCGGCAGGGCCUAUCUCCAUCAACUCUGUGAACGGCAAAAUAGUCCUAUGUGGUAUAGUUGGUAUGGUGGUCAGGAUGAUAACUCUGUUGGUGAACCUUCUGGGUCACUACCUCCUGCACCUUCUUACAGUCAAUUAGAGGUACCACCUCCAUAUGAAGCAGUGUCAAGAGGUCAGUCAGAUGAUUUGAAACCUCCACCGUAUACAGAGUAUGCAGCCAGUAGUAUUGAAGAAGCUCGUGCCCUGUCUAUACCAGAAGGGUAUGACGCUUGCAGCUUGAGUGAUGCUCCUCCUCCAUACACUCCUAGCCCAUCAGUUGAUGCUGAACAGCAGGAUAAUGUGGCACAACCUAACGCUCAGGAGACAGGCAGUACCACUACAAUAGGCUCACCAUGUCAAGUCUGAAAAAAAAAAAAUCCACUUUCUGGGACUGCUGUGGAAAGAUAUUUUGUUUUCUUCAGAAAAAUCCGAAGCAUCUGAAUUGUCUCUUUUUUGGUUUUGUAAAGAUUUGAUUUUUUUUUUGUACAGUUUAAAAGACAUUUACAGUGAUGCACUACAUAAGAUUGCAUUGUUCACUGUUUGCUGCUAUCAGCGCUACCUUCUCUCUUUGUAAACAUUAUUCGCACUUUCCAAGGAAGACCCUGAGGAAAAGGAUCAUACCUGGUUUUAAAAGAUUGUAUAUUUGCCAGUGACUACAAUAUGCGUACCACAGUGCUGGGAGGGUCGGGGUUGCUGAGGCUAGGGAAUUGGUUGGGUGGAAUAAGAGCAGUACUCAACUAUGAGACCAGAUGCUGCCAACCAGGGAGACUGAGACUGCAUAUUCUAAACCUUAAGUGAUGUCUCAAGACCUCAUAGUUACAGAUAAACAAGAGGCAAGCAUUAUCUGAAGGGCACUAGGACAAUCUUGUGUUCCUGUGUUAUCAAAGCUUCUUCAAGGUCAUUCCUUGCAUUCUAUACUUUGUGAUGUUUUGCCAAGACUGCAUCUUUGCCUCAGAGAAAACCAGCUUCCUUCUGACAACAUGAAGGGACACCUUCAAUUUUAGAGAAAUGCACAAAAGUGUAGACUUUAAAGAAGACCUUUUUGUCCUACGAGUAGUUGCUAAUUUGCUGCAAAAAAUGUAUUUUUUAUAGUAGUGUAAUUUUUUUAAAUCUCAGUGAAUCAACUGUAUUCCAAGUUCCCUUUCUCAGAGUACCAAAACUUUCAGCUUAAAUAUUAACAUAAAAUGAUCCAGUUGUCUCAAUAUUUACACAGAAAGAAACUAAACCUCUUUGUUUCAGACUUCUAAAACAAAAGAAAUAUUUGCUAUACGGAUAGUGUUGUGAAUUGAGACCUGUUUGUCUGAAUUAUGAGAAUGGACUUUAUUGCUAACGGUAAUUCUAACGGUAAGCCUAUAUGCUCUUAGUGUUCUGAAACACUUGAAUAUUUUCCCACUUUUGUUACAAGUCUGCAUUUUGGUAAGACUUUAAAAUGAUGUACACUCAUCCCAAAUACAUGGAAUGCCAGGAUUGAAUCUAGAUUAUUUGCACGGACAUAUAUCCUGUGGUUUUAGUUUAAGUGAGCUGAACUUUCUUUUUCAGUUCUUCAGACUUUUAUUAGUACUUAUAUGUUUUCUCCCAUGCAUAAACCAAUCUCCAAGGCGCAUUUGAAAGUUUAUAUAUUUUUUAAGAGGUUAUUUAAUUAAAUAGAUAGGUAGCUUUGUUAAUCAUGUUUUUUGUGGAUGGUUUUUCAAGAAUCUCUCAAAUGUAACUUCUACCUGAACAACCUUACUCUAAGAGUUUUCUGUUCUGGGAAGGUUCAUAGUUUCCUUAAAUUUUAUAUUUUACAGUUGGUUAAAAUUAAAAUAGAAUUUGACAGUUUAUUAGACCUGUGUAAAUGUUCAGACCAACUUUGUGGACUUGCUAAAUUAUGUAGAUUCUUAACCAACAAAUACAAUUUUGCUGAUUCUGUUAAA